CAAAUUUCCCCGAUAAGGCAAUAACUCUGGAGUACUAGAAUUCUUCUAAAAUCAACUUCUUUAUUCGAUUCAUUCACAAACCUUAGAAAUGAUGACAAACCAAACAAUUAUGGGGAUUUCUCCUAUGGGCUAGGUAUAUAUAUCAGAAAAGGGUGAAAAAACUGAAGAAAGCGAAGAAAUGGGAUCAGAAACAAACUCACCAACACCAUCACCAUCACCAAUUGGGAAGCGAAGUAGAGAUCCUGAAGAUGAUGUUUACAUCGACAAUCUCAAUUCCCAUAAACGUUAUCUCAGUGAGAUGAUGGCAUCAAGUUUGAACUGUCUGACUGUGGGAGACCCCAUUCCUGAACAUAUAUUGGAUUCCCCAGCGAGGUCGGAAAGUAUGUUUUAUAUGAGAGAUGAUAUGUCAUCGCAAUAUUCACCCAUGUCUGAAGAUUUAGAUGAUGCACAUUUUUAUGAAAUGCCCACGAGUGCCUGUUUGUCUCAAUCUGAAAGCCGCCCUACCAGUCCUGUUUCUCCAUAUAGAUAUAAACCAGUUGGUGCAUUUUGUUCAAGUCCUGCUAGCACCUCACAACCUUCGAAAGCCCUCUCAGGUCCUUGUCAAUCUCGUCAGAAAGGUUCGGAUAACGAAGGCAGAUUCCCUUCUUCACCGAGUGAUAUAUGCCACUCAGGAGACUUGAGGAAAGCGGCACUUUUACGAUCAGUGCAGAUGAGAACACAGCCUUCUUUCUCAUCUGCUCUAGAUCUAGGCUUUAUUGCAGCUCAUGAGGGAAUACCAAAUGUUGAAGCUGAAACUCGAUCCUUCUCAUUCUUGAAACCUUUGGAUGAUGAACGAGAAUUCCAUGAUGAGGGAUGUCCUACCCCACCAUCUGAGCAUGAAUAUGGCCAAGGAAAGGAUCCAAUGAGAUUGAAUAUUGAUGAAGGAGACAACUCCGUGGACUAGUUGCUAAUGUUUUAAGAGGAUCAAGGUGGACUUAGGUGGUAAGGAUGAAGGAUCGUAGAUAUGAAAUUAAUGGCAACUAUUAUAUGAAAUUGGUAUCUUGUCGUCUUAUUGCUAGGUAUUUGAAGCUUGUACGGCCCAUAUGUGAAUAUUGUUGGUGUGAAGUUGUCCAUUUUGAGAUUACUGAUAUAAAUAGCUAUUCCCUGAUCCCAUUUUCUGGGAUUCUCACUGGUGGCCAUGUUAAUGUCCCCUAGAUUUGUUUCAACGUCCAAUUAUAAAUUCCUUUGAGGUAGGAUCUGGAGAGGUACAGAACUCCAAAUGUACACAGCUUUAACAAUUGUAUUUAGAUAUCUGAUGGGUACUUACUGAUA